CAGGCAUAGGUGUAGGCACUCAGUGAGUGCAUCGAACACGUGGUGAGGAAUCGACGCAGUGCAUAGUUAGUGCGCUGGAGCGAGGCGCAAAAGAAGUAUUACCCCGUCUGUGGAUCCUGUUGUGAAAGUGCAACGGCUUGGGUAGUGUUGUGUGUGCGUGCUGUGUGUCUGCGAGGUGUGUUUGCAGUCAGAGCGACAUCAAGUAUGAAGAGAGGAAAGAAGGCAGAGGAGGCGGCCACUGACGGGGAGAAUGAGACUGGCUCCGCUUCAGCAAAGAAAACUAAGAAGGCUAAGGAACCAGAGGCCCCAAUAUUGUACGAAGAUCCGCCGGACAAAAUGACGAGCAAAGAUGGCCGCAACGGCAACGUUAAAAUCACGUCCUGGAACGUCGACGGCCUGAGGGCCUGGGUGAAAAAGAACGGCCUGGAUUGGGUGCGUGAGGAGAAUCCAGAUGUUUUGUGCCUGCAGGAGACAAAGUGUGCAGAGAAAUCCCUCCCCGCUGACAUUACCUCAAUGCCCGAGUACCCUCACAAGUAUUGGGCGGCGUCAGAUGAGAAGGAGGGUUAUAGUGGUGUGGCCAUGCUGUGCAAGACCGAACCCCUAAAAGUCACCUAUGGCAUCGGCAAAGAAGAGCAUGACAAGGAGGGUCGUGUCAUCACCGCAGAGUUCCCCAACUUCUACCUGGUGACCGCCUAUGUGCCGAACUCCGGAAGAGGCCUUGUGCGUCUAGAUUACCGCAAAACGUGGGACGUGGACUUCCGGGCGUACCUGAGCGAGCUGGACAUGCAGAAGCCCCUGGUGCUGUGCGGCGACCUCAACGUCGCACACCAGGAGAUCGACCUGAAGAACCCGAAGGGGAACAAGAAAAGCGCUGGAUUUACCCCCGAGGAGCGCGAGGGCAUCAGCCAGCUGCUGGAGUCCGGUUUCACCGACAGCUUCCGCGAGCUCUACCCCGAGCAGGCAAACGCCUACACCUUCUGGACCUACAUGAUGAACUCCCGGGGAAAGAACGUGGGCUGGAGGCUUGAUUACUUCCUCUUGUCGUCCAGCCUGCUGCCAGGCCUGUGUGACAGCAAGAUCCGCAACAAGGCCCUGGGAAGCGACCACUGCCCUAUCACGCUGCACAUCGCCGUGUAGGUCGCUGUCUGAGCGGGCUGCAGCUCUCCGCGGCCCCGCUGGUUUCUCAGUGUUAACUUUCCAGCUCUGCAGUGGUGUAGUUUUUUGUCUAGUCCUUUUAACAGUUUUUUCGAUGACACAUUUAAUUUCAAUUCAUGACGAGCACAACACAUAGUGUCCGUUUAACCUCUUCAUACAGUCGACGUUUGUCAGUAAACCCAGUGGUGUGUGAUGUCAAACACCAGUUUCAACAAUGAUCCGUGAUGUUAGUUUUUCUGUACUGCAGCUGAUCUGAGAAAAGUUUCUGUGCCCAACAGCCUGCAAUUUGUCACUGUCUCGAUUUAAAACUGCUGCUAAAAAAAGUGUUUUAAGCUUAUUUUGCAACAAAAUUGUAGUAGAGAAUUUCCAAUAAAAGGCUGAAUUUA